GAGUGGGAGGAAGGGACCGGGCGACGCAUCCACCUGGCGGCACCUGCCCCUUCCCCGCCCGGUAACUCCUCCCCGGCCGCGGCGGCUGCUCCCGGCUCCCUGCGCCGCGUCCCGUCCCAGCUCCGCUGCGGCGGGGGCAGCCCCCAGGUGGCAGAGGCAGGAAUUGCCCAGUGUGUGAAAAGAUCAUAUAACAAGGGACAAACCCCUCUUCCUGUGACUUGUUACUUGUCCUCUAAGUCUGAGCAGACCUGUACUUCCCAACUGCUGUGAAGAGCUGGAUAAGAAUGGAUGCGACAUAAAGCAGAAGUCCUGAAGCCUUAGUCACCAAUCUGAUGGACUUACUGUUCACGCUUUACUUCCAAACACUUGAAUUGUUUUGGUACUGCUGACAAAGGAAAGAUGACCUCUACUGUAAGUCCACAGCCAUACUAUGAAAAUCAUGGCUUUCAGCCAGAAAAUGUCUAUUAUGCCAGGCAGACAGCCGGUGCUAACCCGUAUCCACAGUACUUCUCAACAAAUGCUCCGUCAGUGCCAAGCUAUGUCGCAAGGGUUGCUACCCAUCAGUCGAGUAGGCCAGUAGCACAUUCAUCCAGGAGAACGUGUGCAUCAAGUGUAAAGAAAACCAUAGUUGUCAUAUUAUCCAUUUUAACAGUCAUUUGUUGUGCAAUUGCUGCUUUCUUCAUCUGGUAUUUUGUAGAGAAUCGUUGUCUUGGCUCCUUAAUAGAGUGUGGAUCUUCAGGAGUAUGCAUGCCACCCUCGCAGUGGUGUGAUGGGGUGAGCCACUGCCCCAACGGAGAGGAUGAAACCCGCUGUGUUAGACUUUUUGGACCAAACUUUAUCCUGCAAGUUUAUUCACCUGUCAGCAAAUCCUGGUAUCCUGUUUGUCAAGAUGACUGGAAUGAUGAUUAUGGGAGGAUUGCAUGUAAAGACAUGGGCUACAGUGUGGAUACGUAUUACUAUAGUCGAGGAGUAGCAACUGAAGUCGGCUCUAAGAGCUACAUGAAGCUGAACACAAGUGCUGGGAAUAUAGACUUGUACAAAAAGCUGUAUAGCAGUGAUUCCUGUGCAUCAGGAAAUGUGGUUUCUCUGCGCUGUGUAGACUGUGGCCUGCCCACUAAGAACGUGAACAUUAUGAACAGAAUUGUGGGUGGCAGCGGAGCGGUGCCAGGACAGUGGCCGUGGCAGGUCAGCCUCCAUGUGCAUGGCACCCAUGUUUGCGGGGGCUCCAUCAUCACCCGUCAGUGGAUAGUGACAGCGGCGCACUGCGUGGAAGGACGAUUUUCUGACCUGUACAGCUGGAGGGUUUAUGCUGGGAUUCUGAAUCAGGAUGAGAUGCUCUUAAGAAACGGAUACAGAGUGCAACAGAUAAUUUCCCAUCCAGAUUAUGAUACAGAUUCGAAAGACAAUGAUGUUGCCCUUAUGAAGUUAGAAACACUGCUGAGUUUUACUGAUACUGUACGGCCAGUUUGUCUGCCUAAUCCGGGAAUGAUGUUCCAGCCUAAUCAGCAGUGCUGGAUAUCUGGGUGGGGAGCAGAGUACCAAGGAGGUAAAACAUCAAAUAGCUUAAAUUAUGUUAUGGUGCCCUUAAUAGAACAUUCUAGGUGUAAUUCUGUCUCUAUCUAUAAUGGCAUGAUUUUGCCUACAAUGAUCUGUGCUGGAUAUCUAGGAGGAGGAGUUGAUUCCUGUCAGGGUGACAGUGGAGGUCCGCUAGUAACUAACAAAAACUCUGUGUGGUGGCUGGUUGGAGAUACCAGCUGGGGAACUGGCUGUGCUAGUCCCAAUAGACCUGGAGUCUAUGGGAAUAUGACUGUGUUUACAGAUUGGAUUUAUAAAAAUAUGCAGGCAAACAGAUGACAAUACUGUCUGUCCUUCUUGCUGAUUGAUGUUUCUGAGAACAAGAAUAAAUGAAGCCAUGGGUGCCUGGGAUAUUUAUUCACAAAUGAUUUUUUUAUUUCCUCUUUUGAAUUUGCUUUUUAAAAGUAACAUGAAGAAUUGUACACUCGGUUCUGUGCUGGCUACAGUGACUGAUCUUAAUCAGUGAAGGAUUAUCACAAUGAGCACCUUUCUUCUUGUGGUGCCUGGCAGAAAGUUGUUCUGUCAACUGCUUGCUGAAAUGUCUCUUCUGUAGUUGAGUAACUUUCACUUGAUAAUCAGGUACAGGCUUACAACAGCAAUUUUAAUCACAAUUUAAUUUAAGAUUUUUGUGGCAGGAUACUGAGACAGUUUGUUUAGUAGUGUUUUAAAUUAAAUGUUAAGUAAUGUGAACAUUGAACCUCUGAGCUGCUGGUUAGCAAUUUAAAAAGAAAAGAACGGGUUUUGGUAUAGACUCAGAAUGGUUUGGGUUGGAAGGGACCUUUAAAGAUCAUCUAGUCCCAACUGCCCUGCUAUGGGCAGGGACACCUGCCGCUAGACCAGGUUGUUCAAAGCUCCAUCCAUCCAGCCUGGCCUUGAAUGCUUCCAGGGACAGGGCAUCCACAGAUUCUCUGGGCAACCUGUUCAGUGUCUCACCACCCUCACAGUAAAGAACUUCUUCCUCGUAUCUAAUCUAAGUCUUCCCUCUUUUGUUUAAAGCCAUUGUCCCUUGUCCUAUCACUACAUGCCCUUGUAGAAAGUCCCUCUCCAGCUUUCUUGUAGGCCCUUUUAGAUACUGGAAGGCUGCUGUAAGGUGUCCCUAGAACCUUCUUUUCUCCAGGCUGAACAACCUCAAAUCUCUUAGUCUUUAUUCACAGGAGAGGUGUUCCAGCCCUCUGAUCGUCUUUGUGGCCCUCCUCUGGACUUACUCCAACAGGCCCUGCUUCUGUUGGGGGCCCCCUGAGUUGGACACAGUGCUCCAGGUGGGGUCUCAUGAGAGUGUGGUAGAGGGAAAGAAAUAUAUAUGAAGGGAAGUUUUCAUGCACUACAGUAGAAGCACAGGAAAAAAAUACAGUAUAUUCAGGUAGUCAACAAUCCUCAGGAUCUUGACACAGCAGUCAUCCAAGUUAAUUGUUCAAAGGACUGUCUCAGUAAUUAAAAGUGUCGUUCUGCCUUAAACUGCUCUGAACCCAAAAGGGGCAAGACCUGCCAGUCACUCUUAAGGUAGGCUACCGAGAGGGAUGUUGCAGUGCUGUAGCAGAAAGCAGGGAGUUACGUGUGCCGAAGGUGCAGUCCCUGGCUGUGCAUGUCAAGAUGACUCUUGAACUCUCCCUGCUGUGAAGGGCAAAAGGCAAAGUAUUUCAGUAAGGCUGUGUUGCAAGUGAUAGACUUCUGGUUGCAGAUGCAUGUCCAGAGGAUGGCUGUUUUGUACAAAGAAACCCAAAUCCGUGUUUCUGCGUAACCAGAUGAACUACCUCAUUUAUUAAAUUUGGCUUUUAAUUCCUUAGAGCUCUCCUUUAUGUAUCUGCAUGUUAUGUUUUUAGUAAAAUGUCAUUAAUAUCAGAGUGCCACUUCAACUGGGAUUUUGAAAAUAAUUUAUAAUCAUAGUACAGAGGAUCAAAAAGCCAUACCAAGUCACUUUUUUUUAAGGAGGAGAAAUCUUUUGAAUGAAAUGACUCUACUAGCCUUGUCUUCACUUUUGGUACUGAAAUGCAAUUAUCUUCCAUGUAAACACUGCACCAAAUAAAUAUUUUUUUUUUUAAAAAAAAA